AUGGUAUCAGAGAUUAGAUUCCUAGAGGUGAAGAAGUCAAAUUCAGACCUUGAUGGUUCUGAUGAGGAGAGGAAGGAUUCAAGCAGCAGGAAGGGGAAGCACAAGAGAUUGAAAAGGAACCAAAAGAAGAGGAAGAGUUCACGAUAUGAUAGUUUUGAUGAGGAUGAUGAAGGCUUAGGGAGAGAAAAGGAAAGGUCGGAGAGCGAGGGCGACUCUUCUUUGGAUAGGGAUGAGGAGAGAAGUUCUAGGAGGAGGAGGAGUUCACAAUAUGAUGGCUCUGAUGAGGAUGAUGAAGGCUUAGGGAGAGAAAAGGAAAGGUCGGAGAGCGAGGGCGACUCUUCUUUGGAUAGGGAUGAGGAGAGAAGUUCUAGGAGGAGGAGGAGUUCACAAUAUGAUGGCUCUGAUGAGGAUGAUGAAGGCUCAAAGAGAGAGAAGGGAAGGACGAAGAGCGACAGCAGCAGCUCUUUGGAUAGAGGUAAGGAGAGAAGAUCUAUAAGGAAGAGGGGGAGGCGGGAGAGCUUGUCGGAGGAUUCUUAUUCAUUUGAGGAGUAUGAGAAGAUGAAGAAGAGAAAGAAGGAAGGGAGGAAUAAGCAUGGGAAGGAGAGCAGAGGGACAAGGGAUGAGCGGCGGGAUGAGUUCUUUGGUAAAAAUUUCUUUUUGAUCGUAUUUUGA